UCAUUCAAAUCCACUUUCAAUUACUUGAAUUAGUAUUCGCUACAAUGAAUAGCUUCAAAUUAUUCUUCACUCUUCUCAUUUUUCUACCCGUUUCUAUCUUCCUACACAUCACUCCAUGCCAAGCACAGCUUUCCACCACAUUCUACGAUGCUACAUGCCCCAAUGCAUCCACCAUCAUCCGCAACUCUAUCCGCCGCGCCAUUUCCGCGGAGCGGCGGAUGGCGGCCUCCCUCAUCCGUCUCCACUUCCACGACUGCUUCGUUCAGGGAUGCGAUGCCUCCAUCUUGCUCGAUGAGACCGCUACUAUCCAGACCGAGAAGACGGCAAUCCCUAACGCCAACUCCGUUAGAGGAUUCAACGUGAUCGAGGCGGCCAAGCGCGACGUAGAGCGCGCAUGCCCCGGCGUCGUUUCAUGCGCCGAUGUACUUACCUUAGCCGCACGCGACGCCUCUGUCGCUGUUGGUGGGCCCACAUGGAAUGUGCGACUCGGAAGAAGGGAUUCAACCACUGCUAACCGCGACGCGGCCAACACUGAUCUCCCUAGUCCGUUUGCCGGCCUCGACAUUCUUAUGGAUGCUUUCGACAAGAAGGGUCUUAAUGCAAGAGACAUGGUUGCCCUGUCUGGAGCGCACACAUUAGGCCAAUCCCAAUGCUUCUUGUUCCGUGGGAGGAUAUACAGCAACGGUACCGACAUUGAUGCCGGCUUUGCCAGCACCAGGAGACGGGGCUGCCCACAGAGCGGCGGCGAUAGCAACUUGGCGGCCCUGGAUUUGGUGACGCCGAAUUCAUUCGACAACAACUACUUCAGGAAUUUGGUGCAGAGGAAAGGACUGCUACAGUCGGAUCAAGUCCUCUUCAGCGGAUCCACGGCCAGCAUCGUGUCGCAGUACAGCGGAAACCCUAGAACUUUCGCUGCUGACUUUGCGGCUGCGAUGAUUAAGAUGUCGGAGAUUCAGCCGCUCCUCGUCGGAGAGCGUGGAAUCAUUAGAAGGACAUGCAGCGCUGUCAACUAGUUUAUAUACUGCGCUGUUUCUUUUUCUCAUUUCACAUCAAUUAAUUCAUUUCUAUUUAAAUUCGCAUAACUCUUUUGUGUCGUGGAUCAAAAUGUUUUUGAAAUAAAACUAUCAACAACAAACACAUGUA